UUGUGUUUGCGAUAAGUUUCUGCACGCUCCUUCGGCGAUACGUGUACUGGAGUAGACGUGGUGUCAGGCAAUAUCCAUUCUGGACGAUUUGGCUAAACAAUAUUCUUCACUUUGUAACUCAACCGCCAUUGACAGAAGCCAUGCUGCGGGUUCACAAGGAUUUUAAAGAUGCGAGAUAUAUUGGAACUUACCAGAAUUUCUCUCCGAGAUUGUGUAUCAAAGAUCCAGAGCUGAUAAAGCGAGUGUUGGUGAAGGACUUUGACUACUUCGUCGAUCACAACACUUUCAUCCCGUACGACGGAGACUCCGUUUGGGAAAAGAGCUUAUUUAAUUUGAAAGGUGACGAUUGGAGACACCUACGAGGCGUUGCGAGCCCAACGUUCACCAGCAGCAAAAUGAAACUGAUGUUUAGCACCAUACUGGAAUGCGCGUCACAAGUGGUUGCCUCCUUGCAAAAAAGCGGAGAGGAGACUAUCGAGUUUGAUGCGAAGGAGCUUUUUGGGCGAUUAACCACCGAUGUUUACUUCGCAACCCACUUCGGUAUUCAAUGUAAUUCUCUAGAAGAGCGAACUAACGAAUUCUACAUCAUUGGCCAGAAAGCCACAAAUUUUCUCGGACUCUGGUUUAAGAUUAGGUUCAUUAUGAUACAAGUUUUUCCAAAAAUAGCAAAGGUGUUUGGUCUGCAAGUGUUUGACCGAGAAGUAAACGACUUCUUCCGUAUGUUGGUAAAGAAGAAUAUCGAAUCUAGAAAGGCGCAACGAAUUGUUCGGCCGGAUUUAAUAGAUAUUAUAAUGAAAUCUGAAAGCAAUUCGCAUGUCGAGUUGACGGACGAAAUACUAACGGCGCUGGUUGCCACGUUUUUCGGCGGCGGAUUCGAUUCCGUUUCCACAUUAUUGAUGUUUGUGUGUUACGAGCUCUCUUGUGAUGCCGUCGCUCAGCGAAGGCUACAAAAUGAGAUUGAAGAGUACAAAGAGAACUUGACGUAUAAAACCCUCAUGGAAAUGAGCUACUUGGACAUGGUCGUGUCUGAAACACUCCGGAAAUGGCCCGUGGGAUUCUUUCUGGAAAGGCGUUGCGUUAAGCCUUACAUCAUUCCCGCGUUGAACCAAGACGAAGUGGAUGUUCACUUAAAGGAGGGUGACCAAAUUUGGAUACCACUCUAUGCGUUGCAAAGGGACUCGAAAUGGUUUAGUGAUCCCGAUCGUUUCGAUCCCGAAAGGUUUAGCGCCAAAAAUAAAAGCAACGUUAAUCCAUACACGUACAUGCCUUUUGGGAAUGGUCCGCGCCAUUGCAUUGGGAGCAGAUACGCGCUGCUAGUGGUUAAGGUGGCCAUAUUUCAAAUUAUGCUAAACUAUAACGUUAGGCUAAGUAAAAAUGUGCAGCCAUUUCGGCUUGCGCGUUCUUAUUUUCAAUUGCUUACCAAAGACAAAAUGCUCUUGGAGUUUCGCCAACGAAAUUAGGUCAGUUGACAAACGGAUUUUGUACUGUAUUUCACUUUAAAACCUCAAACACGACAUACCAUAUCCUUAUAAAUAUCACACAAUGAAUGGGCACGUUCAGCCUACUAACACCGUACAUGUGUUUUCUUGUAUGUAUUUAUUAGCAAACGUC